GAAGCCAGCUUGAGCUCCCAGGGGAAGCCUCGUGUGAUUGGCUGGCUGCCUUGCCCAUAAAUGACCCCUGCCCUGCCCUGCAGACAGUCUCCUGCCUGUUGCCUAAGGACCCGGACUUGCUGACCCCGGCUUCUUUCCUCCCUGGGCAAGCGACUUCUGCGUCAGGAUGGACAGACACGUCCUGUUGGUCUUCUUCCUGUUCUGCUGCUUUGCGGCAGGGACAGCGCUCAAGUGCAUAACCUGCCACCUUCACCUGACCUCAGAUCGCUGUAGAAGUGGCUUUGGCGUUUGUGUUGCUAAGGAGGAAGAGAAGUGUAUGACUUUAAAGGUCUACAACUUCGGACGGAAACACCUGCUGUCCUACAUGGUGUGCCAGAGGUUCUGCAGAGCCAUGAAGUUCCUGCACCACGGUCGGUAUUUCGUCUACGAGUGCUGCGACCAGAAUUACUGCAACUUCAAACUGGGAGGAACUGGCGCGACCACACUCCAAGGAGGCGACCCCGAGAGGCCCAGUGCAGAAACAUUGACAGGACUAUUCUAGAACCUUGUGAUUCGCUUGGAUCGUUGAGGUGCUGCCCCGCGCCACACUGGUCUCCCUUGGCAUCAGCCCCUGGAGGCUCUGCCCUGCUGGACUGAGGACUCACCUGCCCCACUGCCCACCUGGCUCCGGAGAUGUUUCCUUGCAUGACGCUGACGACUCCCGUGCUGACUCCCAGACCUGCAGAUGGAGAUUCUGGGACUCGGGCUCAUCAUCCCCCAUUGAUUGCUGUGUGUGUGUGUAUGAGAUAUUUCUCUUUGACUGUUCAAGUGUGAGAACGAUAAGAAUGUGAGAUGUUCUGCUUUGGGUGAACCUGCAUUCAGUGAAAGCUGAGUGAAGAGCAUAGUUACUGUGUGUGACUGUUGCCUGUUCCUUGGCACCGGGCUGCUCAGCAGGCAGUGAGCUGAGCAGUCUCCUGGUCGACUCACAGGAAAGACGACACCAGGAAGAAGACACUCGUGACAGCGGCCCUUGCCAGCUUGUCAGGGUGUGCACCCCACACUCAUCGCUCCUCUCCUUUCUCCCUCCUCCUCGCCUCAUCUUUCUCCAUUCCCCUUUUCCUUGACAUCCACGUCCACUGUUACCUCCCCAGCACCCAUGCCGUUGCUGUCCAAAUUCUCCCUCUUCUGAAUACUCUAGCCCCUUUAUUGAUACUUUAAAAAUAAUCCUCACCCAAGUUUAUGUUUAUUGGUUUGAGAGAGAGAAGAAGGGAGAGAGAAAUGUUGAUGUGGGAGAGAAACAGUCAUUGGUGCCUGCUGUACGCACCCCAGCCGGGGACGGAACAUGCACCUGAGGUUUGGGCCCCAACUGGGAAUCAAACCUGUGACCUUGUGGUGCACAGGACGAUGCUCCAACCACUUGAGCCACCUGGCCAAGGCUGGAUGCUUUUCUUGACACUCUCUUCUAAUAAUUUGUCUAAUUUGCCCCAGCCAGUUAUAAACCGCAGCAAGAGCAGGGACCAGGACUUACUCAUCUCUGCUGUUUAACUGGACACCCAGUGAAACUGAUGGACUUUUUCUCUUGCGUCUCUUUAGUCCGCAGCAGUAACAAGGCCUUGGUGCUUCCUCUAGCUGCAUCCACUAUGUCCAGUGUACCGGGAAUGGUAACUCCUA